AUGAGUAAUGGAAAUCUAACAGACGACGAAAUAGAUUCCAGCUCAUCUAGCAGUGAUGCUACAGAGAACUUGUGCUUGUCAUUAAAUAAAGUUCGUGACAUCGAAAUUGAUCUUGUAAAAGUCCUUUUCGGCCGUGAUAGGGCUGCAACGUAUAUCAAGAUAACUAAUGGCAUUAGAGGUAUUGAUCCAGUCGAUCCAUACUAUCAAGAUUCAAUAACUGGUAAAGUCACAGAAACUUUAACAGAAUCAAUCGAAACCUUGACAUUUACUGGUCAGGAUAUUGAUAAUAUUCCUCUUACUGUUGUUAGUAUUGCUAACAGUGCUCCACCACAACCUACUUCUUGCUGCGAUUUUUGUUGUGCAAAACAAAAAGUUUAUCCAACGAGAAGUACCCCAUAUUCUAAGUACUCAAUUGCUAAUAAAUCUAUGGAUUUACUACCACCGAAAGAUCCAAAAGAUCAUAAAAAGAUUACCCUUGUGCUCGAUGUAGAUGAAACCCUUAUUCACAGCACUUUUGAGAACGAUCCUCAUCAUGAUUUUCAUUUUUCAAUGACAAACGAUGACAUCACAUAUGAUAUUUAUGUUUCUGUCCGUCCUGGAUUAAAGAAAUUCUUGAAAACCCUGUCAAAACACUUCGAAUUAGUUGCUUUUACAACAGCAAGGCAAAACUACUGCGAUUACAUACUUGACAGAAUAGACCCUGAUCAUUUGAUUAAAUACAGGCUAUAUAGAGAAUCAUGCAUCAUAUAUAAUGGCACAUUUGUGAAAGAUCUCUCAUUAUUAGGUCGAGACUUGAGAAAGGUCAUUAUUGUUGACAAUUCACCAUCUUGCUAUAUGCUCCAGCCUUAUAAUGGCCUCGCUAUUCAAGAUUUUAAUGGAAAUCCAGAAGAUAACGAACUUCAGCAUAUAACAGACUUCCUUAUAAAGAAUGCUAAAUGUGAAAAUGUUUUAGAACUUUUCGCAGCAUAG